GCCAUGGGAUGCUGCUGGAGCAGGUAUUGCUGCUGCUGCCCCUGUCUCAAGAGAAACUCCAUCGAUUCCAAGCUCCCUACCAGCAACCGAAAAGAUGGCGUGGUCAACACUGCAUUCGAAGUUCAACAAUCUGAAGAAAACGUCUCAAAGUCUAGUAAAGUUGACAUUCAGAGCAGGGGGAAGAGUACAAGUCGGCAGUCAGGUUUCCAGGGAGGCAAAAAUAAUAAUAGAAUUGAUAAAACGUCCGUGGAGAUUCCCUCUGUGAGCAUAACGAAUAAACGGACGCGUCAAGAGGUUGCACAGACCGAGCUGGAACUUCAUGCUUGCGACAUCAAUAACGUAAACCAAGGUCGCCAAAUUGACAAGGCACAGAGUGUAAAGGGUUAUUCUGAAGCAGGUCUGAAACACAAAGAUGUUAAAGAUGUCCCUAUCAAAAAAGUCACAGAGUUUCAACAGUGGAAGAGUCCUGUUCCAAACCUUGACAUUUUUAAAAAUCUUGACCAGCGUGUUAUCAAAAUGGACUUUCCCCGAUCAUAUUCCACAACAAAAAUAGUUGAGAUGAUUACACAAGACACUCAGACUGAGUUGGAGAAGCUCCGAGCAAUUUGGAUAUGGGUGUGCCACAACAUCGAAUACGAUGUGAAAUAUUGGUUUGGAAAAAGCAAGUCUCACUACAAAAAGGAAGACGUCCUCAGCUCACGGACCGCUAUCUGUGCUGGAUAUGCUGGGCUUGUCUAUGAGAUGUGCAGGCAUGUAGGAGUGGAGUGUGAAGAGGUCAUUGGAUAUGGCAAGACCCUCAGGCACGGACCGUUCCAACUUGAGGACUCUAAUCAUGCCUGGAACGCUGUUCGCAUUGGCGGUCGCUGGCAUUUACUGGACGCCUGCUGGGGAGCUGGUGCAGUCAGUGAUGAAACGCAAAGCUUUACUCGCAGGUACAAUGAAUUUUACUUUCUUACGGACCCAAAGCAAUUUGUAGAAUCGCACUGGCCUGAAAUUUCAAAAUGGCAGCUAAUGGAGCACCUUGUUAGUCGAGAAGACUUUGAGUAUCGGGUACUGAAGGAGGUCGAAUUUUUUAAGUUGGAACUCAAGCUGGCGAUGACAGACCAUUGGAUUGUCAAUACAGUGAAUGGAGUGGCUGAGGUAAUGGUUGUAAACAGCAAGGGUCCACUGGAAUACUCCUACACGCUAACUAAAGUAGAAACAAAAAGUGAAAGCACUAAACUUAGUAAAUCACAUGGUCUUAUGAGCAUUCAAAGAGAUAAUAUGAAGCUGCACAUUUUCCCACCUCAGCGAGGUGAUUACAACUUGAGUAUAUUUGCAGCAGAGGCCAACAAAAGUGGUAAAUACAGUUUGGACUGUGUGUGUUCCUUUAAGAUUCACUGUGAAAAUCCUGGCAUUAACCCUGUAGAAAUGCUGCAAUUGAGUCAUCAUUGUGGGCCUGGGUUAAAGACUGAGGCAUUGGGCCUGCAUUCCCCCAGUCAGCCUUCUCCAAUUAUUUACACACCUGAUGGAAGAUGUGAAGUUGCUUUUCAAAAGUCUGCCAAUCAGUGUGUAAAUUUCACGGCCAGUCUAAUCGAUAAAUCAGGAAAGAAGUGCGCUAAUCAUGUCAUUAUCAGAAACACUCCGAAUGAGAUCUCGCUAGUCGUUCGCCUCCCUGAGCCUGGCAACUACCAAUUGCAGAUUUUUGAAAAUACAUCACCCGAAGCCCAAAGCUUUAAUUUUCUCUGUGAUUAUGUGAUUGUGUGCUCCGCACAAAUGAAGGCAUUUUCUUGGCCACCAUUUCCUCAAACUUACGGCAAUUGGAGUGAUCUGGGAUGUGUGCUCAUUGAGCCUCUGGCUGGCGUGCUGCCACCAGACCGCAAGGUGCAGUUUGCUGUGAGUGUCCCGACUGCUGUCGAGGUGGUGGUUGAGACAUCAGGAGGCGGUAGCUCUCGGGUAGCCCUUGAACAAGGAUCCAGUGAACAAAGUGAAAUGUGGCACGGAGAAAUCACUACCGGAGGUGUUAAAUCAACAGUCAACGUGAUGGCGAUGUUAAACUCAAGAUCUAGGAUGUAUCAGUACAUAUUGUCAUAUGACGUGGAAUGACGUCAAAAACACAAGUCUUCAUAAUGGAGAAUAAUUUAAAUUCUGAAAUUAUAUCAUGUAUAUAGAGCUAAUUAAACGCAUCUACAGUGAAGCCCCUCUUAUUCACGAUAAACUGUAAAUACAUUCAGCUAAGCACAAUUUCCAUUCCGUUAUCUGUAGUAAAAUUCUCGUUGUACAUGAUUAAUUUUCCAUACACUUUUGAAUAAUCGGUUGAAUUUGCCACUCAGCUUUUCUUAUCCAUUGAAAUCGGCAGUCGAAUACAUCACAAAUAAUGAAUAAAAUACUAGUGCAUUCAACACAUCUGCAUAAUAGGUGCAUAUCAUAAAAUAUUGCAUGAUGAAAUGCCUAUUAGGCUACUUAUUAUCAAGUUAACUCUUACACAAACAUAACAUGAACAUUUACAAGAUCAGUGUGUGUGCACUUCUGGCAGUGCACACACCUUGUUCACAGUGAGUGUCGAUGCUAACCUCUAUGCUUUUAUUUGUGGGAAACUCAGACAAAAUUGGAUGCAAUUUCGACUCAGCUUCUCGUAUUUUUAAAAACAUGAACAGUAAAUCACUGCCCCAAUACACGGAUAAGAGGAUUCAAAUGUAACUGACUCAAGCCCGCGUUAAAAAGUCAAGGAAAUGAAAGUUGUGGAUGAGAGUAGUUCAGCUGUAGUUUAUUGUUGGUCAUUCUUGUUUUAAUAUUGAAAGUAUGUAUUAAUGCUCGACGACAUCAGCUUCUGAACAAGCUUAGACAACCGAGAUAAUGUGUUUAUUAUGCAGUCAUGGUGGUAUGUAGAUAUUCAUUUAUAUUUGUUACAUUAUUCUGUGAGAAAUCCCACGUAAUUCAUAUGGACUGCCAGUAAACGCAGCGGGUGCGUGAGGGCUGCUUUGCAGACAAUUCUGCAAACGCAGCGAUCAUUGGCAAGCCACAUCCCACACGACUCACUCUUGCGUCCCACAAACGGUUGCCACCUUUCUCGGAGCUCCCAGGAUCGUUCACUUUUUUGAGGUACCAGUACCUGUAUCUGUCCUGGGAAAUCUGUCGGUCUUCCCGCAACAUUAAAAGUCCCUGUUUUUGUCAGUAACUUAAUAAUAACCCAUCGGCCAGAACAAUGCAUUUACCAUGCAGUUCUUCUCUGCUGCUCUUGUUUGAUAUUCUUGUUCCCAAGAUCUAUCCCCGUUUUUUGUACCUUAGAGGUGGCAACCCUGAUCGCACGUUUAUAUGCACCGACUAUGUUUGCGGCGAUUGUACUGUGCUCUGCAUGUUGUGAGUGGGUUCCACAACAAGACAAAGAACCCCCUGCAGACUUCAACAGACUAUUGGGGAAAGUGCUGAUCGCGAUACACACGUAUAUACUAUACACGUACACUGAUUAUUAUCUAGUAUACAGUAGUAUACUAUAUAAUAAUUGAAUGUAACUUCAAACGCACGUUACUUAUAUUAAACGGAUACAUAUAAAUGUCGAAAUGUAACUUUCAUGCUGUAUUUCUGUUCUUGUAUAUCCUAUCGGGUUGUUAAACGCUUAUUUUUGUUCGUUACCGGUAUCCAUGUGGAAUAAAGUAACGUGACCGGUUUUCGCAAGGAUAGAAAUGUCUAUCAAUGAAGCGGAACAAACGGAACCUUUAAAAUGAGACACAGUGGAGUUGACGGCUCACGCGGCUCGCAGGACGUGCGAUUCCAUUUGAAACAAAGGCAGGACGCAUAUGGUGGGGUAAAGUCUGGGUACGUCCAAUACUCUUACGAACACAUCCGGUCAGCGUUGAAAAUAGGCAAAAUUGCCCUCUCGAGUUUCGAGGCCCUACUGCCAGCAUUGGCGUGAGCGAGCAAGCGCAGGGUUGCGCCUUUGUCUUUUUAUUAAACUGAGAAACGAGGGCAAACGUGGCACGCGGUGGCUUUGGCCGUAGUGCCAUUUGGGACGUUCGCACGUGCCAAUCGGUGCAUUUAUGACUUCGGAUUCCACUGGGGUCGGUUACUUGUUCCUGGCAUUCUAAACCAAUAAUCAAUUGCGGUUAUCGUUGAACAACCCGAGUAUAUACGUGAUGUAGUCGUAUGCAGUUUACAAGUAGCCAUCGUAUCUAAGAGGCAAUAGUUGUGAUGAGAUGGUGAGAGACAGUAUAGUAUUGCCCUGGGCUGGCUGCAUAUGCUGAUCUAUAUUUAAUAAUCAAAUGCAUAAGGCAUAUCAUUGUUUACAUAUCAGUUCAACUGUCACCGUAUCUGUAGUAUACUUCUGUAACUUAAUUUGCAAUUUUACGACGAUCCGUUGAAAUAUAAUCUGAUAAGCCGAUUUACACGAUCGAAUAUUAUUUAACACUGAUUUGUUUUUGCAAUAUCUUUGAUUUCUCACGUGACAUGUUUUUGCACUAAUUUCUAUUUGCUUCGUUGCUGUCAUUGAUUAGUUUUGCUUUUGUUGUUUUGGUGACCAUAUUAAUUCUGAACUUGUAUGCUUGUGCAUCGUCUCCUACGGAUAAACUUCAA